AUGGUUGUAAUUCCCAUAGCCGCAAAGCUUAUCACAGGAGCUGAGCUUAUUGAGAAAGUGAGAAAGGUAAAAGACACAGUCUGGCCACAACCAUCUGCUGAGUUGGUGAAGAGGUUCCGAUGGUUCCAAUGCACUGUCAGAAAUGCAACUCAGUUUCAGAUUCGGCUGGACGGAGUCCACUGGGACUCAGGGAAGUUUUGUACUCCUCCUGAUACGGCAGGAGUAUUCGAAGACAUGACAUUUGGCGCCUGCAACUCAGACCACGGCGUGGCCAAGGGGGUCACUGGAGGGUUUUCGUUUUGCAUGAUGUUGGACGAAGAACAAAGGUUUUACUUCUCGGUUGGGCUGGCAACCCUCGGUGCGGGACAAGCUAAUGCUGGUGUGGUUGAGUCGGAAUCAUCUUGGGACGGGUUUGAUGCAGCAACACGUGACGGCAAUUACAUUGAGUCCAAAAAUAAGUAUAAAUCGAAAAAUGAGGACGGCAAUGAGCAGGAAAUAUUAUUUCGUGUCUCUGCGCAACCUGGAAAGGAGAUGAGGAUUGAGGUUGACCAAAUUGUUAUGAGUAAAUAA